GUAAUUGAUUUUUACUCGGAUCAAUAACUUUAUUUUUAUUCGCAAUGAUCCGAAAAAUCGGUUUAUUAAUUUUUGCAAUGAUUUCUUCAUCGUGCAGUGAAAUGAUUCAUCAUCAAUUUACUAACGAUGAACUUCGAUCUAUUUUUCAAUCGUCGAGAGAAACAGUACCUUACUAUGAAAUAGUACCAGUAGCACACAAUUUUCACGUCCGAAACUUCAACAAAGACCCAACAGUAAAAAUCAACUCUUUUGGCCAAAAUUUAGAAAUGUACUUAAGCCCAUCCGAUGCAUUUUUGGUUAGUGAAAACACUCCUGUUUGGACGGCUCAACCCGACACAGAUUCAUUAAACGAUGUUAAAUAUCGCAAAGUUAAAGAUCCCUUCAAUGAUGUCGGUCGAGCGUAUCAAGACGCCCAGACCAACUCGGCAGUCGUUAUUUACAGGUCUAAAAGAAAUAGUCUAAAAUUGUUCGGAAAAAUUCACAACGACUUUAUAAUACGUCCUUUGCCUCGACGUUUUUUGAACAGAUUUUUCCGAGUAAAGAGAAGUGUCGGAAAUGAAACUGAGAACAGCGAAUUUGUAGAUACGCAUCAUCAUAUCAUUUACAAACGCUCUGAAAUGAGCAGUGCUGAAUUGAAAAAUGGAAUUAGAUUUGUCGAAAGAGCACGAAAAUCUCAUCUCAGUAGAAACAAACGCAGUUUACCAGAUGUUAUUUUUCCGCAAGUGUUGGCCAUCUUAGACAACACAUUAUACCAAAUUUUGAAUAAAGAUUACAAAACAGCAAUUUUAUAUUUACUUUCAUUUUGGAACGCUGUUGACUUGAGAUACCGAACUAUAAGCGACCCGAAAGUCCGAUUGAAUAUCGCAGGUUUUAUUAUUUCAGUGUCAGAAGGAGGAACUCCGUACCUAGAAAAUAAUCGCCGCGGAAAUAUAGAACUUGACGCGGAUUUGGCAUUAACAGACAUGAGUACAUAUUUUUAUAGAGAAACGAGAUUUCCAUUUGAGACUUAUGACAUGGCUGUCGCUCUUACCAACUACGAUAUGUGUAACGUAGAAUACGGCUACUGCGACACUUCAACGUUAGGGUAUGCAUUCGAAAUGGGAGCCUGUAACAGAAGUUCAGUCGACCGAAAUACCGAAGCCGUAGGAAUUGUGGAAGAUAAUGGUGGAUUCAGCGCGAUUCUUCCAGCUGCUCAUGAAGUUGGUCACUUAGUGGGUGUUCCUCACGACGGUACUGAAGAAGCAUCAGAUUGUUCGGGCUUUGACGGCUACAUUAUGACCCCCACGGUUACUUUUGGCCGCAACAGCUUCCACUGGUCUAAGUGCAGUAAAAGACUGAUGGAAGAAUUCUUCGCGAUGAGCGAUGCAUCUUGUCUUUUUGACCAGCCAAGAAAAAGCCAACAAAUACCGCUCAUGCUUCCAGGAAAAAUUCAAACUCUCGAUCAACAAUGUCAAAAAGUUUAUGGAACUAAGGCUUGUUAUCAUGAUGAAAGAGUUUGUUCGAAAUUAGACUGUGAAAUCCCGAGGGGUGGAGGGUCAUGUAAGUCAAUAUCUUCUGCUGCUGAAGGGUCUAAAUGUGGCGAAGGAAUGUUUUGCAUACGAGGAAAUUGCAUCGCUGAAAAUUCAACGACUGUUCCAAACUGGGAAGAAGCAAAACCCGAGACAAAUCCGUUUUGGGGUGAUUACUUCGGGCUUUCUUCGAUAAAAAUUAAUUAAUUACCGAAAAUACUGUAAAAUAUU